UUGAUUCCUCGACAGCGAUGUCUGUGGAGAGCCAACAGUGCCUGUGCUUCGUGGUUCUGCUUAUCCACACAGUCAUAGGUGCUGGGGAAGGUCCAACAUCGACAACAGCAACAACCACCAGGAUCGAACAAAACGAAUUAACAGUCUCCUUCCCGCCGCUAGAAGACUUAUAUAACAGCACGCCUGAGAAGCACUUCGCGACAGAGAACAAUACGGUUGUGACGUCACAGACCGGUUCCACGGCACUGCUGCCCUGUGUUAUCAGAAACAUUGGUGAUGGAAUUGUUUCGUGGAUCAGAAGAAAAGACUACCAUCUACUGACCGUCGGCUUGACAACAUACAGCUCAGACCAGAGAUUCCAAGCGAUACACCUACAGCACUCUGAGGACUGGACGCUGAAGGUUCGCUUCGUACAAAAAAGGGAUGCAGGGGUUUACGAGUGUCAAGUGUCAUCUCAUCCGCCAACAAGUAUCUUCUUGCGUCUCGAUGUUGUUGAGGCAAGAGCGCAGAUCUCGGGACCAACUGAAAAGUAUCUGAAGCCGGGAUCGACUCUGCGGCUCCAAUGUUCCGUUGUCCAAACCACAGAGGCGCCCGCUUUCGUCUUUUGGUACCACAACAGCAGAAUGAUAAACUAUGACGCGGAGAGGGGCAUCAACGUGACCACGGAUCCUGCUCAGCGCCUCUCAGAUCUGCUGAUCCCGGCUGCCAGUGCCUCUCACGCUGGCAACUACACCUGCGUACCGAACAACGCGGUACCAGCGAGCAUAUACGUCCAUAUCUUUAACGGUGAAAAUCCGGCGGCAAUGCAGUCAUCAUCACCGAGCCCCUUCGGAUUCGAAAUCCAAAGUUGCUUAUUUCUAACAGUAACCCGCUUUAUUAUACAGCGGUGACAAUCAUUACCGUAAUAGCCUAGAUUAUCGUUAAACUAAAAUAUAUUUUAUAUGUUAGCCGAGAGGGACUGUUUUAGCGUGGAUCGAAGUCAUUCUGGCUGUGAUUGUCAAAGUUCAGAACGUUUGUAUAUUAAUCGGGUAUUUGUACUCUCGCCAUUAGACGCAUAAGGUCGUAUUUUUCUUUUCUCUUAUAAAAAAUAGGCUUAAAUGAUGUCGUGU